GCGCUCGGAGAGACUCGCCUAAGCAGCCGCCGCUGUCGCCGCCGAGUAGGAAAAUGGAGUCGGCGAGGACCGUGAAAGAUGUUUCUCCUCAUGAGUUCGUCAAGGCUUACGCCGCUCACCUCAAGCGAUCCGGCAAGAUUGAGCUUCCACCUUGGAUUGAUAUUGUGAAGACUGGUACACUUAAAGAGCUUGCACCUUAUGAUCCUGAUUGGUACUACAUUAGAGUUGCUUCUAUGGCAAGGAAAAUCUACCUGCGGGGAGGUCUUGGUGUUGGUGCCUUUCGCAGGAUUUAUGGUGGUAGCAAGAAGAAUGGCAAUCGUCCACCCCAUUUUGGGAAGAGCAGUGAUUCUGUAGCUUGUCACAUUCUUCAACAAUUGCAGGCCAUGAAAUUUAUUGACCAUGAUCCCAAGGGUGGAAAGAGAAUCACAUCAAAUGGCCAAAGAGAUCUUGAUCAAGUUGCUAGAAGAAUUGUUGUAACUCAUUAAUGGAAUUCAGAUUUGGUGACCUCAUGAACACCUCAAAUACUUGUGUCCAUGACCCCAGAUGUUUGUUCCAUUUGUAGAUUCAGCAUCUUUCAGAAUCAUAUUAAAUUUCUGGUUUAAAGGGAAGAAUUCUUGAAU